AUGAACAAGGGCAACUCCGGCCCCUCCGGGCAUGUGACAAUAACGAGCGUAGACGUCAGGUCAAAGCAGAGAGACGUGGCCAUCAUCUCAGAAGAUGACUUUCGUCAUACCUCCAAUUCCACCUACAGAACUGCAAGCAGCUCCCUCCAAGCUGACCAAGAAGCACUGCUUGAGAAGCUGCUGGACUGCCCGCCACCCAGCCUGCAGAGGCCCGAGGACCGCUACAACGGUACCUACAUCAUCUUCUUCAGCUUGGGCAUCGGCAGCCUGCUGCCAUGGAACUUCUUUGUCACGGCCCAGGAGUACUGGAUAUUCAAACUCAGCAACUGCUCCAGCCCAGCCACUGGGGAGGAGCCUAAGGACUCAGACAUCCUGAACUACUUUGAGAGCUACCUGGCCGUCGCCUCCACUGUUCCUUCCGUGCUGUGCCUCACGCUGAACUUCCUGCUUGUCAACAGGGUUCCAGUUCGUGUCCGCGUGCUGGCCUCGCUGACGAUCAUGCUGGCCAUCUUCAUGGUGAUGACCGUGCUGGUGAAGGUGGACACCUCCUCCUGGACCCACAGCUUCUUCACCAUCACCAUCGUCUGCAUGGUGAUCCUCAGCGGCACCUCUACCAUCUUCAAUAGCAGCGUCUUCGGCAUGACUGGCUCCUUCCCCAUGAGGAAUUCCCAGGCUCUGAUAUCAGGAGGAGCCAUGGGGGGCACCCUCAGCGCCGUGGCCUCGCUGGUGGACCUCGCGGUGGCCAGUGACGUGACAGACAGCACCCUGGCCUUCUUCCUGACGGCGGACAUCUUCCUGGCGCUCUGCAUCGGGCUCUACCUGCUGCUGCCGCGGCUGGACUAUGCCAGGUACUACAUGAAACCUGUCUGGCCAACCGUGUUUUCUGGUGAAGAGCAGCUGCCCCAGGACACCCCCAACCCCACUUCGGUGGCCCCGGGAUCCAGCGACCCCCAGACGCCACCCCUUGGCCCCAUCCUGAAGAAGACCACUGGCCUGGGCUUCUCUAUCGUCUAUCUCUUCUUUAUCACCAGCCUCAUCUUCCCCGCCAUCUGCACAAACAUUGAAUCCCUCAGCAGGGGCUCGGGCUCGCCGUGGAGCACCAAGUUCUUCGUCCCCCUCACCACCUUCCUCCUGUACAACUUUGCCGACCUGUGUGGCCGGCAGAUCACGGCCUGGAUCCAGGUGCCCGGGCCCAGAAGCAAGGCGCUCCCCGGGCUCGCGCUCCUCCGGACCAGCCUCGUCCCCCUCUUUGUGUUCUGCAACUACCAGCCCCGUCGCCACCUGCGCACGGUGCUCUUCCAGUCUGACGUGUACCCGGUGCUUCUCACCUCGCUGCUGGGGCUCAGCAACGGCUACCUCAGCACUCUGGCUCUCAUCUAUGGGCCCAAGAUUGUGCCGCGGGAGCUGGCUGAGGCCACCGGGGUGGUGAUGACCUUUUACGUGUGCCUGGGCCUGGUGCUUGGCUCCGCCUGCUCUGCCCUGCUCGUGCACCUCAUCUAGGAAGGGCUGUGACUGGACUUCAGUGCUGCAUGGCACCCGGGGGCUUCAGCAAGAUGGGCAGGAAGUGCCAGAAGGUGCCAGGUGGCGAGCAGGAAGGGCUGGAGUUGGUCUCUGCAGAGCCCAGCACGCACCCGGGCCUGGUUGCUCCCAGGGUUCUGGGACUAGUGCCAUUCCCAGGCCAGGCAGACAUUCCAGACACUUCAACAGAUGUCCUGAGACAUUUCAGGACCAAAGACACCUGAAUAAGACACAGUUACCAGAUACACAGUCAGAAAACUCUUCGCCAAUGGGCACAUUCCACCUGUCAUUUUUCCCUCUUGGGAACUGUGUUGCCAGGAUUUGGCUCUGAGUUGUUAGUGGGUGAGUGCCAAGACUGUCUCCAGUCCCAGCCUUGCUCCUUCCAGCUAAUGGCAAGAUGCGAGACUCCUUAGCCCUCCUCCCAGGGGAAGUCCCCCUGGGAUAGCCAGUCCUCAGGCCUAAGACCCAAGCCUGUGCAAACCCCACUUUCCACUAACCAGAC